AGCUCAACAACAAGGUUUUUCCUUGAGCUACUCUUCCAAAUAUGUGCGCAACACUCAAACAAGGGAGACAAGAUAGGGAAAUACAACAAUGGUUAUCUCUUUUCUAGAUGGACGAUGCGGCUAGGGGAGAUGGUCUCACAUGGGUUGAGGAAACCCAAACGAAUUUGCCCGACAGGCUGAGGGUUAUAAAAGGAUGUAAAGGAUCAACCUUCCUCAACUCCCACAGUUCAGCGACUCCUCUUGUUCUCAACACUCCCAAAAUAAAAACAACUCGGCGCGGAAUAUUGCGAAACACACAUUUUCCUUGGGCUUCAUCUUACAAUGUCAGCCGUGGCCGUUAAGAACGUUGAUGGCGGAGACGUCUACGUCGCCGGGUCAGCCAUCAUCAACAAUGCUACCAACUCUGGGCCUGUUCAAUUCACGGAAACCGGUUACGCAUCCACCGGAUUUCUUCUCUGGGGUGCCGCGAUGGUCUUCUUGAUGACCCCCGGUUUGGGAUUAUUCUACUCUGGAAUGUCACGGACCAAAAACUCCCUAUCAUUGAUCAUGAUCAGUAUGUUGGCUAUGUCAGUCAUCACCAUUCAGUGGUUCCUCUUUGGCUUUUCACUCGCCUUUUCAGAAACUGGUGGAUCAUUCAUUGGAAACUUCAAGCACGGCGGAUUCACAGGACUCGGUGCUGCCGCCCUCCCAAUGACUGCUCCCCAAGUUCCCGGUAUCCUCUUCGCUCUUUACCAGAUGCAAUUCGCCACAAUCACCGCCGCCAUCAUUUUUGGCUCCAUUGCCGAACGUAUUCGUAUGGUACCCGCUAUGAUCUUCAUUUUCCUAUGGAGUACUAUCGUCUACGACCCCGCAGCCUACUGGACAUGGUCUGCUCGCGGAUGGAUAAAGUCUGUCUCCUGCGUUAACACCAUCCUUUCUGAACUUCCCUGUGGAAUUGGCGGUCUUGACUUUGCUGGAGGAGGCCCUGUUCACAUUGCCUCUGGAUUCGCUGGCCUCGCUUACUGUCUCGUGUUGGGCAAGCGUCGUCGCGUUGGGGAGGAAGAAUUCAAGGCGCAUAACCUAACCAACGUCUUCCUGGGUACUGGCCUCCUCUGGUUCGGUUGGUUCGCCUUCAACGGUGGUUCUGCUGUCGCUGCCACUCCUCGCGCCGCUAUGGCUGGCCUUGUGACAACCCUUGCUGCUGCCUCUGGAUCCAUGGCGUGGGUGUUUUACGAUUACUUGCACAAAAGCAAAAUGUCUGGUCUCGGAUUCUGCUCAGGCGCCGUUGCUGGAUUGGUCGGUAUCACACCUGCUGCCGGUUACGUUGCACCCUGGGCAGCCUUCAUUAUCGGCGCAGUUGCUGCUGUCGUUUGCAACAUGGCCUGUAGGCUCAAGGGACGUCUCGGCUUUGAUGACACCCUUGACGCGUGGGGUGUUCACGGUAUUGGUGGUCUUGCGGGCGACUUUAUGACGGGUCUCUUUGCGCAAAAGUGGAUAGCCCAACUUGACGGCGGUGUUAUCGACGGUGGAUGGGUCGACGGAAACUUCAAGCAGCUCGGAUACCAGCUCGCUGGAUCUGUUACCAUUGCGGCCUGGUCGUUCACAAUCAGCUACAUCAUUCUGUUCAUCAUGAACAAAAUCCCCGGUUUGCAUCUCCGCCCAACAGAAGCAGAUGAAUUGAUCGGAAACGAUCUUACCGAGCUCGGCGAGCACGCGUACGAAAUCGUACCCGCAAGUGCACCCCACCAGAACAUUGCGGUAAUGGCCGAGCGGCCAAAGCCCGAACCCGAGAAGCCUGCACGACAGGAUUCCCACACAUGGAAUGAGAAGGUCGAGGUCCAAUAAACUCCAACUCCUUUCAAGUUACCCCCAGUCAUCCGCACAAUCGCUCGCACCUACCUCAGAACCUCGUCUCUUCUUGUCCGAAAAUCCCUUUUGAGACUUUUUACCCACCGUGAAAAGACAUGUAACUCUUCUGUAUCUCUGAAAGCGUGCUUCAGAGAUGUUUCAUAUAUAAUAGUUUAUUUGUACAUUUGUCGGAAUAAAUCAUAAUUGACCAAA